AUGUCCUCCUCUCCGCAGAAAGUGUCGCUUUACUCGGCCAACGACCUGAAGAACGCGACGGACGAUGCGCUCACCCCGUACCUAACGUCGCUCCCCAAACCCUAUACCUUCCAGCAACAGCACUCGACGACCAACGUGCGUCUGGCGCUCGGGUACACGGCCGUCAUCAUUGCAGGCGUGCUGUUCUACGCAGACUACAAACUCGGAUGGAACGCCACAAAGGCCUACACCGGCCCCGCGUGCCUGGCAUAUUUUGCGCUGAAUGGCGCCUUGACCUACUGGAUAUGGGCUGUUGAAGCGGGCGUCGUCUUCGUGGGCACUAGGGAGGGAGGUCAGAAGUUGACCCUGAAAUCCUCGACGCGGAAAUACGACCCGACAUACAAACUCAAAGUCACGUACGAGGCGCCGUCGGGCAAGAAGUGGGAAGACAAGGAGAUCGAGGGUUCGUUCACCCAGUGGUUCAAUACAUACGGCUAUCUCCAGAAGAAAGACCUGCAGGCCUGGCUGGCCAACAAUAUCGAGGUCCUGGGUCUGGCGGAGAAUGAGAAGGAGAAGGCGAGCCAAGGAAAGAAGAGCACGCACAGCGCCACGACGAUCCCGCUGAAGGUAGAUGAUGGGCCUGAAGAGACCAAGACUGAGACCUUGUCCACGGCCACUGAACCAUCAGCCGUGCUCAGCACCACCAGUGCGAAGAAGGGCAGGUCUAAAAAGAGGACUUGA